UGCGCCCAACCUGUUUUUAACUAUUGGGCCCAAGAAAAUGGAAAUAGAAAAGAAAAAAAAAUUGAACCCGACGUGAAUCGAACACGCAACCUUCUGAUCUGGAGUCAGACGCGCUACCAUUGCGCCACGGAUCCGGUUGAAGUGAAAGGAGCUAUAACAUAUAUAUAUAGCAUUGGAGGUAUUGCCCAGUCACACCGUCACAAACUAUAUAAACACAAAAGAAAAGAGGUUUCCCGCCAAACACAACAAACUAAUCAACUCUGUUCGUUCUCUCUCUUUCUCUCUUGAAUUUUCCCGGAAAAUCAAUGGCGGAAAGUUCCGAAUUCAUUGAAAUGAACCUGUGGCCUCCUACGAAGUUCGCACCCGAUCGUCCUCCCCAAGAUCCGCCGGUGAAAUCAAUCCCGCGGCGGCGCCGAGUGGAUACGUGGGUGGUGUCGGUGCUGGUAAUCAUCCAAAUCGGUGUUUUCAUCGCCACCAUGCUCGUCAACGAUUGCUGGACCAAUUCUCACGGCGAUUGUGCUCUCCCUGCUCUCGGAAGGCUCUCCUUCCAGCCUCUCUCCGAGAAUCCCCUCUUAGGUCCUUCUCAGUCCAAGUUGGUUGAAAUGGGAGCUCUUCGAGGGAAAUUUCUGAGAGAGUAUCAUCAAACAUGGCGUCUUUUCACGUUUCCAAUUUUGCACGCUGGACUGUUCCACCUGAUCAUCAAUCUCUGCAGUGUGAUCUUUGUGGGAAUUCACCUCGAGCAGGAGUUUGGACCCUUGAGGAUAGGUAUAAUCUACACACUGUCUGCUUUUGUGGGUGCCUUGGUGGCUGCUCUUUUUAUCCAAAACACCCCAGCUGUUGGUUCUUCUGGUGCUUUGUUUGGAUUACUGGGAACAUUACUUUCCCAACUUGUUUGGAACUGGAAAUUUCUUACCAAAAGGAACUCAGCCAUCGCAUCAUUUGUCUUUGUCUUCAUGUGCAAUUUCCUUCUUGGCUUCCUGCCUUAUGUGGACAACUUUUCAAACAUUGGAGGUUUUAUAUCAGGAUUCCUUCUUGGAUCUGUUCUUUUGCUCAGCCCUCAGGUUCAACAAGUAGCUCCAAAUAAAGGUGAUCUCAUUGAUUAUGGUAUCACAAGUUACAUGAAGUCAAAGUUGAAGCAAAAGCUAGACAGACCAGUUCUGUGGAUUGUUUCUCUUAUCCUCUUCAGCCUCUUAUUGAGUGGUUGUCUUGUAGCAGUUCUUCAUGGAAUCAACAUCAGCAGUUAUUGCCCAUGGUGUCCAUAUGUUAACUGUAUCCCUUUCUCAAGCUGGCACUGCAAAGAGAGAGAAACAUAUUGCGAGACAAUGGUGAACAAUGCUCAUAUGACAAUGACCUGUACUGGGAAUGGCAACUUCAGGGUCUUUCCUUUUACCAACAUCUCUCAGGCAAGGAUCAAUGAUUUGUGCAACAUGAUAUGCUGAUGAACCAAGUUGCAGUUUCAAUGAUUCUUUUGCUGUAAUCAAAGAAGCAGUACCGAAUACACCCUUAGAAAGAUCAGAAGUGAUCAGAGCUGUAAUUGUACGUACUUGUAAAGAACUCAAACGUAGCAAUGGUAUAAUAAUACAGUAUGAUGAUAAUGCUGCAGUUGUCAUUGAUCAAGAAGGAUUUUCCCCAAAUUACCAGGAAAUGCUGGAUAGCUGUAGAUAUAUAGCUUCAUAUCUUACCAGG